GAAGGAGGCGGGGCGUUUCGUCCAAACAUCCCGCGCGGUGGCAGGCAGCUCGUGAGAGGAACACCUGGAGGAGAGGUGAACAGCAGCUCGCGGAACGCGGUACGUGGAACUUUCUUUCCCUCCUCCGCUUUGUUUUCGGCACCAUGUGGGCGCGAGCUGUGCUGUGCGCGGCGCUGCUGUCCGCGCUCUGCCCGGCGGGAAGGACGGAAGCCGAGAGGGACGAGAGAGAGGUCCAGGACUACCGGUACAACUCCAACAGACUGCUCGGCGCUCUGCAUGAAGUGCUGGAGAAGCUGCAGACGAAGAGGAUUAAUCCCUGGGAGAAGAAGUAUGGACAGGUUCCCUCUUGCGACCUCGGGGAACACUGCGCCGUCAGGAAAGGAUCUCGUAUCGGAAAGAUGUGCGACUGCCCCCGAGGAGCUUUCUGUAACUUCUUCCUGCUGAAGUGCUUAUGAGCCAAUCACAUCCACACAGCGAGAGUAUAUUUUAAAAAUAAUGUAUAUUUUCCAAAUAUAAAUAUAUAUGAAAAUCUUUGUGAUGUAAAGUAGCCUUUAGAGUGGAAUAAAUCCUUUAAGUGAAGACAAUCUUUUUGUCCACUUGUGUUGCAUUAAAGGUGUUUUAUCUUCUUUUCUCCA